GCGCAUGCGUGGUGUAUGUGGCUGCUGCCAGUGCAUGGGAGACACGGCUACUUCUCGUAGUACUGUGAACAGUGAGCUGGCACCCAUGUGGUAGGAGGGCAACAACAGCACCCUGCACAUCUAGCUGCUACCUCACUGUCACCAUGGCUGCCAAUGAGGACCAGGAGAUGGAGCUAGAAGCUCUUCGGUCUAUUUAUGAAGGCGAUGAUUGCUUUAAAGAGCUUGGGCCUUCCGUUUUCCAGUAUCGGGUUGGUGAUGUCGGGGAGUCCAAGGCCUUUCUUGUUGAAAUAACGUGGCCAGAAGCUUACCCUGAAACCGCUCCAAAGAUAUCUAUGGAUGCAUUUUUUAAUAAUCAAAUAUCCCCAGUUAUCAAACGGAGCAUUAUAAACAAGUUACAAGAGCAAGUGGAGGCCAAUCUUGGUACAGCAAUGACUUACACCUUAUUUGAGUUUGCCAAAGACAGUAAGGAAGAGCUAAUGGAAAAUCACCAGCCAUUCAGCAACUCUAUAGCAUUAAUAGGAAAUGACGGCACUUUAGAUCCAUCAAACAUAACCUCGUCUGGUAAGAAAAAAGACAAGAAGGAGCAGUUGACAAAAGCACAAAAGAGGAAACUAGCAGACAAAACAGAUCACAAGGGUGAACUACCGCGUGGAUGGAACUGGGUGGAUGUCAUUAAGGUAACUCCUUCUAGCUUAGUGGCAUUGUAGAAGGUGGGAAAUGUG